AUGCGCCAUACGAUCUUUGCGGUGCUAGAUUUUUGUGGUGCCUUGGCGACUGUGGCCCAGGUCAGGAAACUCCUGAAGUGCAGCUUGUGUCAAGGUGGACAUGGCAUGACACUGAUCCUGGUGUUGCCCUGCGAUGGCUUGGUGUGCCAGGUGGCAGCACCGUGUGGCGCUGGGGACAUGACUCUGGCCGCGGUCAACUGCGAACGCUGCUGCUGGCGUGCUGGACUCUUGGAGAUGCAUGUGUCGACUCCGCUAAUGCUGGCUGUCCUGAACCUUUUCACAGUCCUUGGAUGGGACAGGAUCGGGAUGCCUGGACCGCAGACAGUUCUGGCAGCCGGCCUUUUCUUCAUGGUCUUAUGUUUUUGGCAGCCAACAAUAAAGGUUUGGCCACAGCCAUCAGCCCUACGACGAUUAAGGACGCCGGAGCACUGGUCAGUGCGCUUUGCUUUGUUUGGGUACUUUGCAACACUGGUCUUCAUCGGCUCGAACUUCUCCCCAGAGAAACAGGUCUCUACUGGGGUGCACCAGGAGUUUGGGCCUUGUGAUGCAACGGAUAUCGACUUGCUUGGCCUGCAGAGAAAGAGAUACAUAUGUCGUGACCGUUUCCCUCACGAAUAUUUUCGACUGGAGUGCGAGGGCAACUCUUUGAACGAUAUUGCGAGAUGGACUCGCCUGACCCCUGAGCAGUCUAUGAAAGGUGGUGUGGCUUCGUGGUACACCAUAUGUGGGCAAGAUCAUCCUCACUUCCAGAGUUGGAUGGCGGGUUUGGUUGCCUUGUGUGUUGCAGGGGCUUUCCUGUUUUAUUGGGCUAUGACGCUCCGGGAAGAGAGUGAGGAGCACAAGGAGGCUGCCAUUCCACAGACCACACAAACAUCGUUUCCUCAAGGAGCAAAGGCUUCAACCGAUGAGGACUUGCGAAGGCGACAGCCUCGCACUGCGACACCUUCCAGCAGAGGACGCGUGUGA